UGCUGUCGCAAAGGCGGCGUUGCUUGUGGCCGGAGAGCACAGCAAGUAAAAUAUGGCUGCAUGCUAGCUGCUAUUUUUCUUUAUUGUUUGCCAACGUAUUUGAAAGAUUUAGUAGUGGUGUUUGAUAAAGUCAGUUACAGGAAACCAAAGUGUGGAGAGUGUAAAGUACAAAUAUCAACAAGGAUUCCACCUUCGAUUAAAUUAUAUAAAUUAGUUAUAAUAUGAUGCGACAUCCAGAGCACCAUCAUGUUCCUCCCACAGCAAUGCAAAGAAAUAGAAUGAACAUGCAACAAAUGGGUCCUCCGCCGCAGAGGAUGCUGAUGACUGUACCAGGUGGUCCACAUGCCGGUGUUCUCGUGUCUAUGCCGUCGGGUCCGACCCUGGUGAACACGAUAACACCGAUACAACAGUUUGCAAACUCAAAGUCAAACAUUAAUAAUCCAGUAUCGCAAGUAUAUUAUGAUCCAAUUUCAAAUGAGGCUACGGAACUGUCAGUGGAACAAAUACAACAAAUACAACAUCAGCCAUCUCAACUCGCAAAUACCACUACUUCUUCAACCGUGCCCAACUUGGCAAACAUGAAAGAGAAAACACCAAUGUGUUUAGUAAACGAACUAGCUAGAUACAAUAAGAUCCAGCACCAGUAUAGAUUGACCGGCGAACAGGGACCGGCUCAUAAGAAGAUAUUUACAGUCACAUUGAAGUUAGGCGAAGAGGAGUACGAAGCUGAGGGGGCCAGUAUUAAGAAGGCACAACAUUCGGCGGCGGCUUUGGCUCUGGAGAAAACACAGUUUAGACGACCGCCGCCAAAGACGAACAGGAUCUUGAGGACCGGUGGAAUCCGUGGCAAUUCCACCGGUAUGGUCACACCGACUGUAGAAUUAAAUGCACUCGCGAUGAAACGGGGCGAACGCACGGUAUACAUCGUAGAGAACGGCGCUGCACCACCAGCCCAGGGCUAUAUAUUACCGAACGCGUAUUACGGUCGCCAAAAUAUCUAUCAACCGCCUGGACAGCCACGUUACAACAGCUUUGAAACAAGAAGAAACAUGCGCGGCCAGUAUCAGUAUGAUCGCCAUCAUGGUCAGUAUAAACCAGGUUAUCAACAAAACAACGGUGAAAUGUGUACGGUUCGUUUAAGAGUAGGUGAACGCGAAUAUCCAGGUUCAGGGUGUACGAUUCAAGCGGCCCGUCAUGAUGCCGCCACAAAAGCUAUCGAUGAAAUAAAGAAACUUAAAAGCGAAGAGGCCGCAGCCGAGAACGAGGAGACCACCAAAGACCAAGAUCAAGACUCAAGCCUUUCGGACAUUAACACGGAACUCAAGUCACCUAUAUCCCUGGUACACGAAAUCGCCUUGAAGCGACAUCUGAAUGUCAGCUUUGAGGUGAAGAGUGAAAAUGGACCCCCUCACAUGAAGGUAUUCGUCACACAGUGCAAAAUAGGGGACUGCUCUGUAGAGGGCGAGGGCAACGGCAAAAAGGUCUCGAAGAAACGUGCUGCAGAGGAGAUGCUCAAGAAGCUGUCGCAGCUUCCGCCAUUGCCAAACAUGAACAACGUAACCCACCUAAAGCGCAAACGCGUCGCCACUAAGAAGAAAACAAGGAAUCUCAUCAAAGUCAACGCGGACAAGCCCAAUGACUUUGUUGAAGAUAUUAACCCAAUUUCUCGCCUAAUUCAAAUACAGCAAGCCAACAAGGAAAAAGAGCCGGUCUAUGCAGUCGUGGAGGAACGCGGAGCUCCGCGCCGUCGAGAAUUUGUCAUACAGGCCUCUAUCAAUGGGUGCUCAGCGAACGGAGUCGGCCCCAACAAGAAGUAUGCGAAGAGGAAUGCAGCCCAAGCUCUUCUCACACUGAUGGGCUACAUCACCACAUCUCCAUCUCCUACAGGAGCCAGCAAACAACAAUCGCAGCAGACGUCACCAACACAAACACAACAAGAAGCAAACAAGUCCGAGAAGGAAACGGAACAAACAACGACAGCACAGCAAGCGGACAAACUUAGGAAAGUCACGUUCCUCGAGGAGAAACAAGAAUCUCCACCAGUUGGAGGCAGCGGCGGCCGCCAACUGGUCCCUGGUCUUCUCCUUGUAGGGGACCAAUCAGUACACAACAACAAGUCGAAAGCAACGGCCGAGAACACCAACUACAGCUCGUCCGAAACGAAGAAAUCAGUUCCCAAGGUAGCUCCGCCUCCACCACAGGGCGUACGUUCCAAAGAUCAGCUAUUGUAUUUGGCGCAAAUCAUGGACAUCCCAAUACAGUUCUCCGACUUUCCGAAAGCGAAUCACGAGAUGUACCUCACAUUGGUGUCAUUAAGUACAACCCCACCUCAGGUUUGUCAUGGCGAAGGGCCAACAAUCGAAGCUUCGCACGAGAAAGCCUCAUUGGAAGCUUUGAACGUGCUGUCAGAAAUGGGACUAGAUAAUAUAGCGCCGAGCAAGGAGAACAAUUCAGAAAUGCCGAAACCUCAGGUUGCUGGGUUGUCUCAGAACGGUAACAACAAUUAGAUCAUUGCAUUGCAUCCUCGACUAUAUAAACUCACAAAAAAAAUAAGAAAAAAAAGUGAACAAGAAAAAUAAAACGAAAAAAAA